CAAGGAUGAUGGACGUUACUGCUGUGCUAAGUUGGCUUACUUUGAAGACUUUCUUGGUUGGCGUUAUGGUGUUCCUGUUGGUGAUGUCAUAUCUACAGAGGAGGAAGUACAAACUGCCGCCAGGACCCCCACAGCUGCCGAUACUGGGGAACUACUUAGCAUUUAGGAAAGACAAACGGAUGUUCACAGUAUUCACGAAGAUGGCAAAGACACACGGCGAUAUAUUUACAGUGAACUUAGGUUUUGGUCAAACUGUUAUAGUCCUCCAUUCAGCCGAUGUUGUGCACGAGGCCCUGGUUGAGAAAAAAGAGGUGUUUGCAGGAAGGGAUAAUUUAUUUUGGUCGUUUGAAUUGCUGUCAGGCGGAUAUAAAGAUAUCGUAUUUGCUAAUUAUGGACCCCUAUGGACCAUGCAGAGGAGGAUGGCUAUGAAAGCAUUCAGGACUUACAUAGCUAGUGACAAGCUAGAGCAACUUGCAAAGUCUUCUUUUGGGGAGGUUGCCAAGAUGCUGGAAAAACAAAUGGAACCUGUGGAUUUGUCCGAAUAUAUUCGCCUGACGGUUUAUAAUGUCAUUUGCAGGAUGACCUUUGGGAAAAGCUACAAAGUCAAUGACCCAGAGUUUGUUUGGCUAAAAAACAAAAUGGACGAAAUGAUGGGAUUAUUCACAGACUUCAUACCAGCCGAUCUUCUUCCAUUUUUGAAGCAUGUGCCUAUCAAGUCAACACAGGUUGCAAAAAGAACAAUGCAAGAUCUGAUUGAUUUCCAAACAGUUCAGGUCAAUGAGCACAAGGCAACCUUGACACCAGGAAAGGCAAGAGACAUUACCGACCAACUGCUGUUGGUACGCCAAGAGCUGGACGCAGGGAGCGACGGGUCCCUGAUGGAGACAUUAACAGACAAGCAUAUCAUUCAGACGAUAUUGGACGUGUUUUUUGCUGGUGUCCUGACCUCAACAGAAACACUGAAAUGGACCAUGCUGUAUAUUGCAGACAACCCGGAGAUACAGGAGAAAAUGCACCAGGAAAUAAGUGGAGUUUUGGCGGACGAUCUAGACGACCUGCGUCACAGUAAAUCCAAGCUGCCAUAUUGCGAGGCGGUUCUCCGCGAAGUUAUGCGCAUGCGUCCGGCUGCCCCGGUGGCUCUCGGGCACCAGGCGAUUCGAGAUACAAAACUUGGCGAUUAUGACCUGCCAAAGGGGACUGUGGUAUUUCCAAAUUUAUGGGGGAUACACCAUGAUCCCAGAAAUUGGGAGUCGCCAGAAGUUUUCAAACCAGAGCGAUUUCUGGACAAAGAUGGCAACCUGAAACCGACUGAUACCAAGACAUGGGUGCCGUUCUCCUCUGGGAAGAGGAAAUGUGCCGGCGAAGGUCUGGCCAAAGCUGACAUUAUGAUGAUUAUGGCUAUGUUUUUCCAGCGGUUCAAAGUGAGUUUUCCGCCAGGACAGAAACCGGAUUUCGAACCUGCCAUGUAUCCCUUUGACUGCAUCCCAAAACCGCAGAAGUUGAUCAUAGAAAAGAGGGAAACAGUUGAGUAA